AUGGACGAGAACCGCUUCAAGCUGUGCGUGGGGUUCGUCAGUUUGGUGAGCCACGACAAAACGCGCGUGAUCCUGCCGCUUGCCGCGGCCUGCCACUCCCGCAUGCUCCAGAGCCUCUUCCAGGCCGUCCAUCUUGGCUGCGUUGUGAGCUCAUCGCGGGUGCGGCGGCUUCUCCCCCCACCAUCCUGCGUUUUCGUCCGCGAGGGUGCCGCCGCGGAAGAAGAGUCGUGCACAGACAGGGAGUUCAUCUCCUUCGCAGCGGCGUACCCUUAUCCCGAGACGCACGGCGCACCCUUCCUCAACGUUCCCUUGCAGUGCCUAGAGAUCUACACCCUGGUAAGCAUCGCGGACUUUCUGCUUCGAAAGACGUGCGAGAGAUACGUCCUUUCAAGACGGCAGAGCCAUCUCCUUGAAUAUCAGCAAUCCCGUGAAAACUUCAUGAAUGGCAUGUUGGAAGUAGGCAGGGCUCUGAAGCCAUUCCCGGAGGAGCUGCUGCACUCCGUCGAUAGUGGCGGUGAGGUCACUGUGUUGAAGAACCUCGAUCGAACCUCCCAGGUAGAUCAACUCAAAGCGAUUCAACUCCUUCUCGGCUCCGACUUUCUGGGAUGCUGA